AUGGAGGGAGGAGAGGGGAGGAGACAGAAGAUGGAGGGAGGAGAGACGAUGAGAGAGAAGAUGGAGAGGGGAGAGAGGAGGAGACAGAGGAUGGAGGGAGGAGAGAGGAGGAGAGAGAGAAUGAGAGGAGGUGGUGGAGGGGUGUACGUGUGGCUCCUCCUGGUGUGUAUGUUGCUGGGGGAUGUCCUGGGCUGGGUGACCCCUGGAGUUCAUGUUGGGGUCGAGGCUCAGGCCAAUGAAAGGAGAGUCCUGGCUCACAUUCCUGGUGACAUCAUCAUAGGAGCGCUGUUCUCUGUUCACCACCAACCUCCUGCAGACAAGGUCCAUGAGCGUAAGUGUGGAGCUGUCAGAGAACAGUAUGGUAUCCAGCGUGUGGAGGCCAUGAUGCACACUCUGGACCUGAUCAACUCUGACCCUCACCUCCUCCCCAACAUCACUCUGGGCUGUGAGAUCAGGGACUCUUGCUGGCACAGUGCAGUGGCUUUAGAACAGAGCAUAGAGUUUAUCAGAGACACGCUGGUCUCCAACGAGGAGGAGGAGAGUCUGAGCCUGGGGAAAUGUCUGGGGGAGGACGGGAUAGAGAUGACCCCUGUUAGAGGGAAGAAACCCAUUGUAGGGUUGAUAGGACCGGGUUCCAGCUCUGUGGCCAUCCAGGUGCAGAACCUGCUACAGCUGUUCAACAUACCACAGAUCGCUUACUCUGCUACCAGCAUGGACCUCAGCGACAAGAGUCUGUAUAAGUACUUCAUGAGGGUGGUGCCGUCGGAUGCUCAGCAAGCCAGAGCUAUGGUGGACAUCGUCAAGAGAUACAACUGGAGCUACGUCUCUGCUAUACACACAGAGGGUAACUAUGGCGAGAGUGGUAUGGAAGCCUUUAAGGAACUGGCAGCUAGAGAGGGGAUCUGUAUCGCUCACUCGGAUAAGAUCUACAGCAACGCAGGGGAGCACAACUUUGACAAGCUGCUGGAGAAGCUGAGAGGACACCUGCCCAAGGCUCGGGUGGUGGCGUGCUUCUGCGAGGGGAUGACUGUACGCGGCAUACUGAUGGCAAUGAGACGGAGACACCUGGUUGGGGAGUUCCUACUGGUGGGGAGUGAUGGCUGGGCUGACCGGUAUGAUGUGACAGAUGGAUAUCAGCAAGAGGCUGCGGGGGGAAUAACUAUAAAGCUGAAGUCAGCCUACAUCCCCUGGUUCGACGACUACUACUUGGCUCUGCAACCAGAUGACAACACCAGGAACCCCUGGUUCACUGAGUUCUGGCAGCACCGGUUCCAAUGUAGACUAAAGGGACACGCACAGGAGAACACCAAGUACAACCGUACCUGCAAUAGUAGAGAGUCUCUCCGGCAGCAGUAUGCCCAGGACACUAAGAUGGGUUUUGUCAUCAACGCUAUCUACUCAAUGGCUUAUGGACUACACACUAUGCAGCAGACAGUCUGCCCAGGAUACCAAGGUCUUUGUGAUGCCAUGCGUCCUAUCGACGGUCGUCAGCUGCUGGAGUUCCUGAUGAGGACCAACUUCACUGGAGUCUCUGGAGAAACGAUCCAUUUUGACCAGAAUGGAGACUCACCGGGCAGGUAUGAGAUCAUGAACUUUAAGCGUCUGGGCGGUGGAGGUGGCGAUGGAGGUGGAGGUGGUGGUGUGGAGCAGUACAGUUAUAUCCAUGUGGGGAGCUGGGACCAGGGAGGACUGAGGAUGGACGACGAAGAGAUGUGGGCUAACGCCUCCACCAUUAUACAGUCUGUCUGCUCUGAACCCUGCCAGAAGGCACAGAUCAAGGUGAUCCGUAAAGGUGAGGUCAGCUGCUGCUGGACCUGUACUCCCUGUAAAGACAAUGAGUUUGUGUUUGAUGAGUACACCUGCCGCGCCUGUGACCUGGGGGCCUGGCCUACCGACGACUUGACAGGUUGUGAGCCUAUCCCGGUGCAGUAUGUACGUUGGGGAGACCCUGAACCCAUAGCAGCAGUGGUGUUUGCCUGUCUGGGGCUCAUGGCUACUCUGUUUGUUACCUCCAUAUUCAUCAGGUUCUAUGACACCCCGGUAGUGAAGUCGAGCAGUAGAGAGCUGUGUUACAUCAUCCUGGCUGGCAUCUGUCUGGGCUAUCUCUGUACCUUCAGCCUCAUCGCCAAACCUCACGCUGCACACUGCUACCUACAGAGACUGGGGAUAGGACUGUCCCCUGCCAUGAGCUACUCUGCCCUGGUCACUAAGACUAACCGUAUAGCCCGAAUCCUGGCUGGCAGUAAGAAGAAGAUCUGUACCAAGAAGCCGAGGUUCAUGUCAGCCUGCGCUCAGCUGGUCAUCGCCUCCCUACUCAUCCUUCUACAACUAGGAAUCAUAGUAGCUCUGUUCAUUAUGCAACCACCACAGGUGAUCUAUGACUACCCCAGUAUCAGCGAGGUCCAUCUGAUCUGCAACCUGACGACACUCGGAGUAGUAACUCCUCUGGGUUAUAACGGCCUGCUCAUCCUCAGCUGUACCUUCUACGCCUUUAAGACCCGUAACGUUCCUGCUAACUUCAACGAGGCUAAGUACAUAGCCUUCACCAUGUACACCACCUGCAUCAUCUGGUUGGCCUUCGUCCCGAUCUACUUCGGCUCCAACUACAAGAUCAUCACCAUGUGUUUCAGUGUUAGUCUCUCUGCUACUGUGGCUCUCUGCUGCAUGUUCGCCCCCAAGGUAUACAUCAUGCUGGCAAAGCCGGAGAAGAACGUACGGAGUGCCUUCACCACCUCUACCCAGGUCCGCAUGCAUGUAGGGGAUGCCAAGACAGCCGCUAACGCUGCCAAACCCAAGACCAUGGCUGGACUCUUCAGAAGGAAGGGGUCUGAAGAAAACCUCAGCUCCAACGGCAAGUCGGUGUCGUGGUCUCAGAAUGAGCGCAGCGGCUACAGACCCAACCUGUGGAAGAGGAUCUCUAUCCACAUCAAGAAGAAGGAGGAGGUCAACCAGACAGCCAUCAUUAAGCCCUUCUCUAAGGGGGCGGGCACCCCCGACCUCGCCCCCGCCACGCCCCAACUUGGGGACAGGGGGGUCUAUGACGAACCUCAGGGGGCACAGCAUUACCCCCCUGGAACCUACCCCUGCCCUCCCUCGCCUCAUGUUGGAGCAUACCGCCGCUGUCCCUCCUCACCCUCCCCACUAGCCCUGCCCACCGUCAGCCAAAGGGUGGGAGGCUUCCACCCUUGCCCUCCCUCGCCUCACGCUGGAACCUACCACCCAUGUCCCCCCCGGGGGGCUCAGGGGUCCCAGGACGGAGAGGAGAUCAGGGCUCUGCCAUCCUACAUGACAGAGAGGCCUCAGACAAGGGUGUAUGGUGGGGUGGGCAAUAUGGGUGGUGGUGAUAUUGGUGGUGGUGGUAGGGGUGUAGGUAUGGGGGGCAUAGGUGAUAUUGGUGGUGGUGGUAGGGCUGUAGGUAUGGGGGGCAUAGGUGAUGUUGGUGGGGUUGGUAAUACUGGUGUGGGUGAUUUAGACAUGGGUAUAGGUGACAGGGGUAUUGGUGUUGGCACGGUGGGCAGUCAGCCCCAGGGCUCCAACAUCAUGGAUCAGAUUAGCUGUGUGGUUAACCGUUUCACCGCCAAUAUCAGCCAGCUCAACAACAUGAUGCUCCCUGGGUCGCCACCGGAGGGAGCUGACCCCCCUCCUCCGGGUCCAGGCCUCACCCCCGCCCCAUGCCCUCCUCCCUACAUCCUACCCCGCACCCGACAGCCAAAUACCACAGUCACCACCUACGCUGAAGUAGCAGCCAUCGCCGCCUCUAACCAUGGCAACCCCCGGGUAGGCGGGUCGGUCGGUGUGGUCUAUGGUCCUGGGGGCAGGGUGUGUGGUACUGCAGCGGUGAGAACCACAGAGCUGCUGGAGGAGCUGGCUGCUCUGGCCCCUCCUUCCCCGUUUAGAGACUCCUCCCUGGAGUCGCCUGGUGCCACGCCCCCCUCCCUGGCCUCGGAGUCUGCCCUGGGUGAGCCCUGUCCCCCGGGGAAAUAUGACAGACUGAUGCUACGGCACUACAGCCAGAGCUCCUCUUCCCUGUAAACUCCUCCUCCUCUUCUUCCUCUUCCCUGUAAACUCCUCCUCCUCUUCUUCCUCUUCCCUGUAAACUCCUCCUCCUCUUCUUCCUCUUCCCUGUAAACUCCUCUUCCUCUUCCUC